GACUCGAGGAGUCCAGUCCUUUGGCUUCAUAGCCUGAAGAAGGUUGACCUAACAGACAGGCUUGAUGCCGUACCUAGCAGCCUCAAUAACCUUGAAUGUCUGCUCUUUCUCCACGGGACUUGGUGGUUCUUGUACUUGCAGCAGAAUUCAUCUACUUGGGUUGGAGUAAAAAAGAGAGAGAGAUGUUCUUCGGAUCAAAUCCUCGGAUCAAACUUGAAAGAUCAAAUCCAAUGCUCUUAGCCGAGAGCAGUGACAAGCCAGAUGGUAGGUUGCCCGCUGGCAUGAGCCGAACUACUGUAGCAGGGUCCGAUCCAUGUCCCCCGGCCGUGCUAGGAACGAUCCGCGCACACACCGCGCUACUGGGCCAUGACUCUCGCCUAGGAGGUCUAGCUCUACGGGUUUAAUAUCAAGAUGCAUUAUUGGCGUGAAUCUUGAGCCAAUGGCCUUUCCUGCCAAGGAUGUCAAGAAUGGGGUUCGCGUGGGAGGUG